AUGGUCGAUGAAGAGGAAGUUGCACAAUGCCCAAUUUGUUUCGAAAAUUUUGGUGAGUUUCAAGAAUUUCCUAUGAGUUUUCCCAAAACAUCUGAAUUUUUUCAGAUUCUGAACGUUUUGUUCCAAUGAUUUUCACAUGCGGCCAUAAUAUUUGUCAGCAGUGCAGUGAGUAAGUGAUUUUUUAUUGUUAAAGCUGAAAAAUCCGCAAAUUUCCAACCAAAACUUCAAAAAUUCCCCAUUUUGCAGCCGUGCUGCUCAAAUGCAACAAUGCCCAGUUUGUCGGAAACCAAUUGGCGCUAGAAAUCGAAAUUUUCAACUUAUCGGUCAGUUUUCACACUCACCUUUUCAAAUUGAAAAUUAUCGAUUUUUCAGACACUCUAAAAUUGGUCGAAAAUUUGAAAUUGAAAAAUCAGGAAUUGUUGAACAAGAAGCUCGAUUAUAAAUGUUCGCUUUGUCAAAAAUGGGAACUUGAGGAAAAGUAAGCUAUUGUUUGCCACUUGGAUUUUUAAGCUUAACUAUUUGAAUAUUUAAGAAUCGACUUUCAACCCGAAAACCCCUUUUUUGCAGCCUCGUCAUUUGUAAAACUUGUGUAAUUGACCCGAAUAUAUUGGACCUGCAAGCGGUUUCUAGAAAUGAGGUAUUUUUUUUGAAAAUUUAUUGGAAAUUCUUCAAAACCUUUUCUAUUUUGUUCAGAACACCACGCAAGUAUUGGAAGUCUCAAUGUGCUCAACUUGUGCCUAUCAAAUGCAUAUCAAGAAAAAACAUGAGAUUGUGGAUAUGUUUCCGAUUUUGGUGGGUUUUUUUGGAAUAUAUUUUUGAAAAAAAUUCACUCAAAAAUCUCAAUUUUCACCUAAAAUAUCAAUUUUUUCAUUCAAAAAUUCUGAUUUUUCAACCCAUGAAUUUUUAAAGAUUCAUUUCCUGAUGAUUUCGAACUCUCGAUUUUCUCUGACCAUCAGAAAAUUCUGAUUUUCAUUGAAAAAUUCUUCGACUGUCACCAAAAAUCCUUUAUUUCUUUCUAAUUUUCACUCAAAAAUUCACAUAUUUUUCAGUCAGCUUAUCAAUUUUCGAAUCAUUUAUCAACAUUGGAAGCAAUUCGUGGUUGCUUUGAUUCAAGUGUUCAAGAAUGUAAUCAAACAAUGCAAAAUUUCAACGAAACAAUGUGUGGAAUAAGUGGAGAAUUUGAGAAAAUGCUCGAAUUGGCGAGAAAAAGCAAAAGCACAAAAAUGCAAAAUGAGGUGAUUCGAAAAAUCGAAACAGAAAUGGAACAAGCGAAAUUGCUGAGUUUGGAAGUUACGCAAAAAAUUCGAGAAGAUUCGGAUGAAAUGCUAAAAUUGGUCGAGAAGAUUGAGCUGGAAAAAGUGGCUGAUGAACAAUUUUGUUUUGAAGUUCUUUGA